CCAAACCCUCCCUCAGCCAACGACACGACCCGCCAUGCCACCACUCCGUGUGCACUGUACAUGCGGCGUCGUGUACACAAAGAAACAAUCAGCCAGCCUGCGUGCAUAUUCAAACACCAUUUCACUCACGCGUUGGCGUAUAUUCCAGCUAUGAAUGUACCCAUCCUCCUUGUACACCCCUACGUAAUGCUGCAUCCCCAAGAUCAUUAUAGAGAAGGGUCGGUAAUAGCGAUCGGAGACAAAACCAGCCCCAGCGCCAAACAAACAAACAAGCAAGCAGUCAAAGGCCCGAUGUUGUUAUUCACUACAGCAUCUCGGAGCAAUAAACUAGUCCAACAGACAAUCGACCAACUUCAUUCAUUCACUCAACUGAUGCUGUUAAAAUCCCGCAUCAGCGAACAACACAUAACCUGGUUACAAACAUACGCAACACACCCCAUCCAAUCCAACCCCACGGUAAAGCCAAAACCAGGGCAGACAUGCACACCCCCCCUGCCCUGCCAAAUCCCUCCCACUCGUCCGGACCGUGUUGGAAGCGAGAGCGAAAAGAAGAAGAAGAAGAACAGAGAAAUCUAG